GAACAGUUCAUUGAUGAAGUUUCGACCUGACGAACCUGAUGAGCUCUGAACACGUUUAAAGAAACACAGCUCACAAGCAGUUCAUACUCAGCAGAUGUCAGUUCGAAGAUUUCGACAAGGUUUAGCCGGCUGUCGCUUUUCCCUCAUUGGCAAAUCGACACAUGGCAGUCUUGCACUUAUGCUUGUUAUCAACAUUGAAGACUGGCAAAAUCCUGGCUCCGGUAGUGGUGGUUUUGUACUUGCUGCAGCUUCUGGUUAACUGUUACAUCAGCCAAGUGGUCUGGGCUGGGAAAAACUACAAGAAGAUUCCAGAGCCUGUCAUCAUCUUGGUUUGGCAUUGGCCAUUUCAUGCAAACUCCACUCUGAGGGAAGAUGCUUGCCUAGAUUUAAAUGAUGACGCCAACUGCAUUCUCACACACAACAGGUCCAUGCUUGAUCGUGCAGAUGUUGUUGUGUUUCACCACAGGGAGCUUCAACUCAAAAGCUCCAGCCUACCACAGCUGGCCAGACCUCCCAACCAGAAGUGGCUCUGGGUUUCUUUGGAAUCACCAACCAACACAAAGAGGAUCCAUCCGUUCAAUGGUCAUUUCAACUGGACUAUGACCUACAGGACAGAUUCAGACAUCUUCAUCCCUUAUGGAGCCCUCCUACCGAGGGAGCAAAGUGACCAAAUGACCAACUUCUCAAUUGCAAAGAAGUCUCACCUUUCGACGUGGGUUGUUAGCAAUUACCACAAGAAUAGUCUGAGGGCAAAGAUGCAUGCCAAUCUGUCCAGGCAUAUGCCAAUAGAUGUCUUUGGGAGAGCAGCUGGAAAAUUCCUUCCCAGCAAAAUGCUUCUGCCAACGAUCUCUCGCUAUGCCUUCUACCUGGCUUUUGAAAAUUCCAUCCACACGGACUACAUCACGGAGAAGCUGUGGAGAAACGCUUUCAUGGCAGGGUCCAUUCCUGUGGUGUUGGGGCCUCCACGUGCUAACUAUGAAAGGUUUGUCCCACCGGAUUCCUUCAUUCACGUGAAUGACUUUGCCUCCGAGAAAGAAUUGGCCAGCUUCCUAAUGGAUCUGAGGGAGAACAGCACUCGAUAUGAGCAGUAUUUUAACUGGAGGAAAAGGUUUGUAGUCAAGCUGAACACAAACUGGACAGAGAGAUUCUGCUCCAUUUGCACUAAGUUUCAUAGCCUUCCUCAGUCAAAAGUAUAUCAUAAUUUACAUGACUGGUUUCACAAGUGAUAGACUUCUUUUCAAUCUACCUCAUACAAUGACCGUUAUUUCUUUAAAUCAGUGGGUUAGAAGUAAAAUUGUUGCUGCUAUUUUUAAAUGUUCCUCCUUUGAUGUUUUAGAUCAUUGUCUUCAAUUGCUAAAUUGUUCAUUUGGAGAGGGUGCUGGGGAACGAGGAGGUUUGAGGGACAUCAGUGAGUGGAGGAUUUACAAUAGUCCUUACAGCAGAGCAAGGUCAUGGGAGAUUUAAAGGCAGUGCUCAAAAUUACAUUCAGCAACCAAGGGCUACAGGCUUCAAAUAAUUGACCAAAGAACUGGGGGCAAGCUAGAUUAUUUUAUGCAGCGCGUUGUUCUGAUUUGAAAGAUACAACUGAGAGAUUGGUGGACACAGAUUGAACAGUAAUUUACAAAAGGGGAAAUGGAUAUGCCCUUUCAAAGGAAAACGAGAUUCUUGAUUUAUUAUUAUCACAUGCACUGAGAUACAGUGAAAAGUAUUGUUUUGCAUGCAGAUCAUAAAUAUGUCUGGGUCAUAGAACAGAAUGCAGAAUAUAGUGUUACAGCUACAGAGAGGUGCAGAGAGAGAUCAGCUUUAAUGUUUGAUGGACUGCGAAAAGCCUGGAUAGUUAAAAUGCACCAAAUGUUCUGGAAUAUUCUCAUGACUUUAACAAGAACCCAAUUCUUGUCAGGUUAGCCAGCGCAUAUUAGAAUGUAGGCAGUGUUUUGGUGAGUAUUUGAAAUGAUCAAUGAAUUAUUUGGAUGGAGAUGCUUCCAGUGAAUCCUUUCUGCUUUUCAGAACUAGAUGCAAAUUCAACAACUAAUUGUGUAGGUAACAUUUAAUACUUAUUAUCGAGCAAUUCAACUGGUUUUACCGGUUUUGGUACUGCCCAGUGAUCUGGAGUGAAAAGCAGGAGAUUGGGUGGCUGCUGAGAAAGAUCUGGGUCAGGCUUACAUCUGAUCUCCCACCUGACCACAUCAAAGCAAAUGAACUGCCUCCUAUCAGAAUGAAAGCUGAAGCACUGUGCGUGUGUGUGUAAACUGCCGGAUGUUGCCACCCAACAAGGAAUCAAUAUGAAGUAGCACUUGCAAGAGGCAAAGAGAGAGAAUGUAGUGGGAUGGGGAUGGAUAUUUCUGUUUAUGAGGUGUGGGUGAUGCAGAGGAGGCUGAUACCUUGGGAUGAGAGGUGUGAGAAGAUAGCAAUGUAAUCUUUCUCCCUAUAUACUAUUCCUGCUGUAGUACAAUAUCAGAUUAGCAUAUCAAAUCAUCAUUCUAUCAAAGUAUUAAUAUAUAAUCAGCAUUCACAAUAUUUAAAGUCUCGCCUGAAGUCUAUAUAUCAUAUUAUACAGAAGUGACUGCAUGAAUCACUCUAAGACAGUGUUUCAAACUUGAAUUUGUAUUUUUCGACAACUUUUUCUUGAAGGAUAUUUGUUAAAAUGUAAAUUUACUUUGUUGGUGCUGGUAAUAUUUUCUGAUUUGAAGUAAGAUCUAGUGUAGAGUGUUACUCUGCAGGCAUACUGACUGGACCCCCAGUUCCUUAUACAGCGUGAGGGCUCACUGACCUUUAUAUGAGAAUCCCCCCACCCCCCGCCAGAACUCCAGUGUAAAAGUCUGCAGUGGGAGAACUUGUUAAAGAGAUUUCACCUGGGCUCACUUGAUGACAAGUUCAAUGCAGAUCUUGUCUCACAGGAUCAUGAGCGGGAUGACAAGAACUGGUGAAUGUAAGUGUAGUUAUGGGGUUACUGUUUGUCUGAGGUAUUGAGCUCAAACCACAUCAUAGGUGCUCACUCCAGAGAGCUGGACUCAGUAUCCGGCUGAUGACAUUCUUACCUGCCAGCUCUUGGCACAGACCGAGGGUCAGUGUCCCUUCCCUGUUGGCUCCAGAGGAAGUGUGUGCUGGUCUCAGACAUAGACUCAUAUGGCACAGAAAUAGACUCUUCAGUCCAACCAGUCCAUGCCAACCCUAAUCCCAAACUAUCUAGUCCCACCUGCCUGCACUUGACCCAUAUCCCUCCAAACAUUUCUGAUUCAUGGACUUAUCCAAAACGUCAAAAUGUCCCCACAUCCAUCACUCCCUCUGGAAGUUCAUUCCACAUACAAACCACUCUCUGCGUAAAAAAAUUGUCCCUCAUGUCUUUUUAAAAUGUUUUUCUCUCACCUUAAAACUCUGCUCCUAGUCUUGAAAUCUCGCACCUUAGGGAAAAAUAAACUUGCCAUUCACUUUAUCUAUACCCCUCGUGAUUUUAUGAACCUCCAUAAGGUCACCUCUCAACGUCCUGCACUCCAGUGAAAGAAGUCCCAGCCUAUCCAGCCUCUCCUUAUAACUCAAACUCUUCAAUCUCAGCAACAUCCCGGUAAAUCUCUCCUGAACCCUCUCCAGUUUGAUAAUAUCUUUCCUAGAACAGAAAGACUAGAACUGGACACAGUCCUCCAGCAGAGGCCUCACCAACAUUGCAAUUGACUAAUUGGUUUAGGGGGAAAUGACAGCAAGUGCAAUAAGAAAGCAACCAAUGGGACAGCUCCUUAUCAUUACACAGUAACUGCAACCCCAUUCCCUUAGUGCAACCAUUCCACCUCGUUCCCUCCUCACCACCCCCAAACCUAUCUCAUACUCCAUUGCUACAAAAGCAUCCAUGAGGGCCAAGGGGAAGAUGGGAUGAAAGCUGAUACCCCACUGUCCUCAAAUUGAUGGGUCCAUACCCAUGGUAACAGAAGUAGGCCAUUCAGGCCCUUAAGCCUGAUUUGUUUUUUAUCCAAAUUUACCCACCUUAGAUAUGUAAACCAGGCCUACAGCUGCAUAAAUCUUAGUUUGGCGAUGUCCAGUUGACUCCCUGCCUCAAUAGGCUUUAAAAGCACAGGCCCAGAUUGCCGUCAUCCAUCGUGCAAAGGUUUCUUUCUGCCUUCAACCUUGAAUGGUCUAACUCAAACACUGGGACUCCCUGACUGCAGAAAAUUGUUUCUCUUCAUCUAUUCUAUCAGAAAAUUCAAAGUGUGGAGGUGUUGGUGUUGGACUGGAAUAGACAAUGUCUGAAGUCGCAUGACACCAGGUCAUUGUUCAAUAGGUUUAUUUGAAAUCACAAGUUUGGAGCGCUGACUUCAUCUGGUGUUGUGUGAUGUCUGGCCAAAUAAUUCAAACACCUCAAUUUGAUCUCACCUUAACCUUCUAUACCCAAAACUAUAAAAUGCCAAGUGUGUGCAACCUGUCAUCAUAACUGAAAACUAUUACAUCCACUUUCAUUGGUCAGAGGACCAAACACUCAUGUAGAAUCCAUGUCCCAUCAUUCUCCCCAAACAGGGUCUACAGCCCAAGUCAAUAUGGCAGCACUUACCCUGGCACCUAUUGUACUGCACACCCAAUGCCCAGUGACCUUAACUGGCAAACAACAUGGGAGGGGGUUGGAUCCUAAUUCCAGUGCUAUGCUUUUAGAGUCUGCUAUAAGGUUGGGGGUGGGGGUGGUGCUCUGACAUUGUGUUCAUGGAGGGUGCAUCUGACCUGCUGCUUGCAAAUGUGAGAUCAGUGACUGUGUACUGCACUUGGGCGCGAUCCCUCAUUGAUGUGGUUGGAAUGUUUAAAUCUCUGUAUCGGUGCAAUUGUUUCUCUCAAUAUUAAGUAUACAGUAUACAAAUUUAGGAACAAUGUUGUAUUGAAUGAAA